GCGCAAUGCUCGGGCCGUUCGAAGAGUUGGACGCAUUGCAGCAGACGAUCUGGAUGGACCUCGCCAACGCCGCCCACAACCACCUCACCCAAGAAGGUUCACACCGGUCUUGCCACUGGAGCCAUUCUCGCCGUGAUCGUCGGCUCCAUGUGCAUCGGAAUUGGCAUUGCAACGGCGGCGCUCCGAUGAGCUAUUUCGAUGAUGACCACCUCACCGAUCCUGUCCUGCUGGACCGCUGGGAAGACAACGACGCAUGGGACCGAGCCUACGAGGAAGCCACAGGGAAA